UAUCACGAGUAUAGGAAAAGUGAACGAGAUCGGUGGUGUACGUAACAAAGCACAGCAAUAGCGCGAGUGCACGUCGAAAUAAAUAUGAAAAGGCUUUUUCCGAUUUUACAGUGACAUAUCGGUUUUUUUUUUUUUAUUUAUAUAAAUUUAAAUAUAAUAUCAUUGCGGAUAAAACGUGUGUAAUUUAACGUCAAGUGGAUCGAGUAAAAAUGCCGACGACACUUCAAAAAUCACGGGUGGAUGCUCGCAAAAACGAUGGGCAUAAAUCAAUGGAUGACAACAAAAAAGAAAGAAGAAAUCAGAUCGCACGUGACAAAGAGUUCAUCCCGCGAAACUCUUUGCUUACCGAUCUCUUCAAAAUAAAUCACAUACAGACCAUUUACAACAUAUUCCUGGUCAUGUUUAUAAUACUUUUUAUGACCGUGAUUACUCACGAUUACAUCGAAAAAGGACAGAUAAAUUUUGGUUUGAAUACGGUGAGGUACAGUUUUGGAAAUCUGUCGGGUGUCUGCCGCGUAUGGAUCCUCAUGAAAAUAUCAACGUUCCUCGUGUACGUAGGAUUUUCCGUUUGGGCCCGGACGCGCGUCAACUUUCCUCAAAAAUCGCUCGUUAAAACUAUCUUGGAUUACGGCUGUUUGUUGAUUUUUAUCGCGAGUCUGGUGGUGUUCGUUCUCUUGCCGGCCAAACUUCUUAUCAAGGAAUAUUUCCCACCGGCCUCGAGCUUCAUCAUCAUGAUGGAACAAGUCCGCAUGUUGAUGAAAUUGUAUGCGUUUGUGCGGAGUAACGCGCCAAACGUGUUGAAACGAAAAGCUGAUGGGGACAAAAAUCGUGGCGCAAAUGUCAAUCUUUGUCCGGAAUUUUCAAAGUUUUUCUACUUUAUGUUUGCACCGACCUUGAUAUACAGGGACGAGUACCCGAGAACAAAGUGCAUCAGUUGGCGAAACGUGUUGUGGUACCUCGUAGAAGUGGCCAUUGUAAUAUUGUACUCGGCUUUUAUAUUUGAGCACUUUGUGAUAUCGGCUUUUGAAAGACACGGCAUCCGCAUCUUCGAGUCGCAAACCGUGAUUCUCACGGUAUUCAGCCUGACCUUACCUUCCGUUUGCAUCUACAUUUUUGGAUUUUACGUCUUGCUACACUCUUGGCAAAAUGCUAUGGCAGAGCUCCUUGGUUUCGCCGACAAGUUGUUCUACACGGACUGGUGGAAUUGCACGAAUUACAGCGCAUUUUACAAAUCUUGGAAUAUUCUAGUCCAAGAUUGGCUCUACCAUUACAUAUACCGAGAUGUUUACGAUCUAUACAGGAGCAAAAUUAUUUCCACCGUAGCGGUCUUUUUCAUCUCGGCAGUAGUUCACGAAUACAUCAUAGGAUUCGCUCUGCGUUUCGUUUACCCCGUGAUGACGUUUAUGUUCGGAGGCAUUGGUUUGCUUGUUCUGUUUGUCACGAGGAAUUUUCCAAAAAUGGCCGGGAACAUGUUCGUGUGGUUCAGUAUUAUCACCGGGAACGGUAUAAUGAUAACUCUUUAUUCGAUGGAGUAUUACGCAAGAUUACGUUGCCCGCCUUACAACGAUAAACUGCAAGACUUGUUGUUACCGAGAAGUUGGAUUUGCCAGGAGAUUAAGAAUAACGUAUCAUCGCACCUACACGCUUGAAAGAUAAGACCUAACUAUAUUAUUGUCUUUUAUUUUUUUAUCAUUUAGGUGUUCACACAUCGCGUACUUAUAUGCAUAAGGUUUUUUUUUUCUACGAAUACUACCUUGUGAAAUAAGAUUUAACAUUAAUUUUGUAAAAAAGUUAUUUUAUUGUGUUUUUCAUAUACGUGUAUACGCAAUUCAAUAGUUAUAUAA